CUUGGUCGAAUGUCUCUCGACUUGCAAUCGUAAGUACGUACCACCAUCAGCACUUCACCAUUUCCACAAGUGCUGCCUUGCUCUGAACACCAGAUUCACUCUUUCGCUCUAGCAAAGACCAUUUUAACACCAUUUUCAUAUGAUCGGCAUAUCCUGGACCUUUGGAUAGUACAUAAUCUGGCACAUACUUCUCCUGCUUGAACUUCCUCCAAGGAGGUUGCUACGCAAUGGCCACGCAAAGCCAUGAACCACAAGAUGUCAAGGCCGAAUUGAAAAAGGUCAUUGACGGAAACGUUGACAAAGAGAAGCUCAAGGCCAAGUUUGAUCUCUCCAACUUCGAGCCCAAUGCCGUUCUGCGAGGUAUGCAGCUCACCCUGGUAGGGGCACAUCGAGCUCUCCAGAACCCCGCGCUCUUCACAUCGGAUCACUAUCGCCAAGCUGCCAUAGCAGUUGCGGUCGGUAUCGCAAUUAGACUCCUUGUCUCCCUACCUGUCCUUGGCGUUCGGCUCGUGUUAUGGACUAUAUCACUGUUCUAUUCCCUUGACCGUGUGCAAUGGGACGACUCCGUAAUCAACGGUCUUCACUUCAUUGAGGAGUACGUCCUGCAGGUACCCUUCUUUCUAAUGACGCUGAUGCGCUAUGUGGACCCAACCUUGGACAAUCUGUUCAUGCGCUCGCUGGAAUGGGUAGACAUCACAUACGUGCAGAAGCACAAGUCCGAGAAUCCCGAUACUCUCAGAGAUAUGUAUUAUCCCAACCUCAAGUCCUACGAGGCUGCCAAGAAGCAGCGUGAACCCUCUCAGGGUGCGAAGAAACCGCUCAUGGCAUUCCUCAUGCGCUUCGUUCGAAAGGGCGGUAUAUCCUUGGCGGUUUUCAGUCUGUCCUACGUGCCGUACAUUGGUAGAUUCGUUCUACCUGCGGCAAGUUUCUACACCUUCAAUAAGGCUGUCGGCGCCGGUCCUGCAACAGUUAUAUUUGGCACCGGUGUUUUCCUGCCUCGCAGAUAUCUGGUCGUCUUUCUGCAGACAUACUUCUCCUCGCGAAGUCUCAUGCGGGAGCUUCUCGAGCCGUACUUUGCCCGCGUACACUUUGACAAAGCACAGAAGAAGCGCUGGUUCAGGAGCCGGGAAGGUGUUCUCUUCGGGUUCGGUCUUGGCUUCUACUGGCUCGUAAAGGUGCCUCUUGUGGGAGUCCUCAUCUAUGGGAUCGCCGAAGCGUCGACGGCGUACCUUAUCACCAAGAUUACCGAGCCGCCGCCACCUGUGAGUGAAGCACAGAAGUUUGUUGAAGCUGAGCAAGAGUGGAAGAACAAGCACGAGUUCUUGAACUUAUCGCUCACGAAUCUUGACCUCGUGCGAACGGAGAAGACGGCAAGCGAAUAAUGGGCUUAAAACGACCGGGCUUCGGCUUAUCACGACGUGUUGCGGAGGCUUCCACGGGGGCGGAUAGAC